AAUCUAAUUUAAGGUUCUUAUAUUCUGUAACGUUUUUUUAUGCUGUUUAAUUAAUUUCUGUAUUGAGUUACUUAUACUUAUUCAUGUUAGUGAUUAUAAUUGUUUAAUUAUCUUUAUGCUUGAUUUAAUUCAUUUAAAAUUUUAAUUAGAUGGGUCGUGGGAAGCUAAAUAUGGAACUGAUAGCCAACGAGAAAUCUCGAAUGACAACUUAUCACAAAAGAAAAAAGGGUUUGUUAAAAAAAGUUCAAGAAUUUCACAUUCUUUGCGAUGUUGAUGCAAGUAUAAUAAUCUACGGUCCACAGUUCAACAAUCGUCCGGUUGAUCGGGAAAUAUGGCCCAAUGAUGACUCCGAGAUGACACGAAUCAUUAGAAGGUACAGAGAUCAGAGCAAUGACCGGAAGAAAAUUCAAGAUUUGUCGGAUUUUUUUGUGACUCGGAAGCGAAAAAUCGCCGAUGAUGUUUCAAGAACUCGAAAAGCUAUUAAAGGAGCUCAAUAUCCAUCAUGGGACGCUCGUUUAGAUUUAUUGCAAUUUCGUGAACUUUGUUUGUUAGUGGGUGCUCUUGAUUCCAGGAUUAAAUGUACAACGGCUAGUAUCUUGAAGAAACGGGGCGAGAGUAACAAUUUUCUAGGGCAUUUUCAAGUUAAUCCGAUGGCUUCAACUUUUGCUAAUGCCUUGGUUCAAAAGAAUUUUGAGUUAGAGGCUUAUAAUAAUAAUGUUUGCAUGAAUCAAUAUAAUCAUCAUCGUCUGCAUGAUCGGAGUAGUUUGUCUUUGCAUGAUCAAAUUCUUCCGGGUGUACUCGACGUGAAUCCUCUGAAUAGUUCGCCGUCGAUGUGGAUGAUGAUGAUGGGGAAUGACGGCAAUGGCAGCGGCGGGGGCGAGUCGAGUAGCAUCAGGGCUUGCAAUGUGGUUAAAGAGGAGCAGCAGCGGUCUACUUAUUUUGAUCAACCGGUUACGAGUCAGAAUCAGAAUAUGAUGGUCGGAGGAAAUAUGACGGUGUUCGAUAGUGCGAGCUACGGCGGUCUGGAUAGGCAGCAUUUGCCGAUGUUGCCUUAUAGCCAGCAAGAUUCAAUGCUUAUUCCUAAUCAUUUGCCAGCUCUUCCAUUCUCUGAUUUUUGUAAUAUGGAUGAGUUCGACAUGAGGGACAAUUUAGGUAUCAAAUUUUAA